GGCUGGCUUACACCACAUUUUGACGCGGUUACACAUGGCCAUCUAAAAAGCGGGAAGCGGGAGAACCCGCAAGGCCACCAAGUCCAGAGUCCGGCAUUACCUAACUGCCCCCUCCGCCGCCGCCCCCAACCUCGGGCGCGCACGAGGAAGGCGGGGAAGGGGCUGGCCCUUCCGCCGACGCGCACAGGCAGACGCGCGCCCACCCUCCCCGGCGAUGACGCACCUGGGUAACUUUUUAGGCGAGCCGCCGGUCCGUCCCGAGCACUCGGUUCUCUCUCGGUCAGCGUGAAGCGAUGGCAGGAAGAAGCGGUCGCCUCGCCGUCCGGGGUUUGGUGAAGAUGGGCUCCCGCCCACGAUGCUCGAAAGGAGCCGGGUAAGAGAGGGGGCUGAUCCUAGAAGGGAGGUUUUGGAGAUCAGGGGAUCCGGCUUCUGUCCCGCCGUUUCUGCCUUCUCCCCAAAUGCUUGCGCCCGCCGUCGGGGCGACCAGCCUUGCGCAAAGGCGCAAACUUUCAGCCCGGAGAGCUUUUGGGCUGCUGAGCGCCCGUCAUAGAGACAAUUUCUGAAUUACAGAAUCAUAGGAAGGGACCCAACUCCCUCAAUGCAGGAAUCUUUUGCCCAAAGUACAAGAUUCUCAUGUUCUACUGACUGAGCUAUUUGAAUACAGUAGUAGUUUUAAUGUUAAUAGCAAUAUUCGAGUAUAUGUCUGUGGUUUCUUUAAAAACGCGGAUACUCUGCCUUUUCCUAUCAAGAAGCUGCAGGUGGCUAACCAUGGAAUUUAACCAUUUAAAAUAUCAAUUACAGCACGCACAAAAUAAAAUAGAAGUUAAACACUAAAAGCAGCAGCUGAAGUAUAUAAACGGCAUGGAAUCCUGCCGAAAUUAGGCUGCAAACCUUAACAGACCUAAUUGGGAAUAAGCUGAACUGAACUCACUGGGGUUUACUUCUGUGUAUAUAGGUUCUAUGCAUAGGUUUCAGCGGCUAAGGUCCCAUUUAAGUGAAUGGACCUUACCAUAACAUUUUAGCAGAGAUGUAUUAAAUCAUUCCAACUAUUAUUAAAUGAAUAAUAAUUAAAGUGAAUUAUGUAGUAUCAAUAAAAAUAAUGCAUUCUCUUUGAUUGUGUUUAUUAUUAGUGAUUAAUUAAUUAAAAUAGGGUUUAAUCCUUCCAAAAUAUAACAUCCUGAAUUCCCAUGGAUUUCAGUGAGGGAGUGACAUUAUAGUCAGUCACAACUGUCCCAUUAAGAACAAUAGGUUGUGCAGCCAGUUUAAUUUGGAAGUAGCAAGUCCAAUUGAGUUUCAUGGGACUUAACACCUAGAUAUGUAGGAUAUGUAGGGGUAUCGUGUCCUGUCCCGCUGCUGGAGGCAAACUGCCCUGCCCUGCUCCUGCCACCAUACCUGCUGCUACCAGUGCUGCUUUCCCUCCUGCCCUGCUGCUUCUGCUGCUGGCGGAGAAGUGGUGCCAACACAGCGGCGCCAAUUUUGGUCAUUUUUGGCCAAAAUCAGUGCUUCUUUGCCAGUGGAGGAGUGAGUGGGGCAGGCAAGGUGCCCCAUAGGAGCUUGUGCUGCCUGAGGCAGCCGUCUCUGGCUACCUAAUGGCAGAGCCAGCUCAGUAGCUAAGCAUGCCUGGGAUUGCAGCCUUAAUAUGUUUCACUUGGGAUGGCCUGUGCCCAUAUUAGAACAUGCCUUACUAAUUAAUAACAAAAGAUCAGCACGAGAAAAAGCUGGAUGUAACUAGUUUGACCAUUUCCCACCUUCCCCUUCUAGGUACAGUACUUCUAAGAAAGUGCUGAUUUCUCAAUAGUGGUAGCUUCCCAUUUCCCCCUCUGGCUGAGAAAUGGACACUCCCUUCUCCUUAUAGAUUCCCUUAUUUGGUGCUUUCUUUCCUCUUUUGGUGCAGAUUGCAUUUGCCACCUUGCAGGCGCUUCAGCUCCAAAGGGGUUCUUGCCCCUUGCAUCCUGAAGACCUGCUCCUCCCUGGCUUCAAAGUCAGCCACCAAACAGCAGAGCCGGCCCUUCCUGAGUCUGGCAGCCCCCCUGCUUGGUGCCAAGCGGAUGGAGUAUGCAGAAGUCCGUCAGCUCCCGUGAGUAUGCCAAAAGAAUGAGAGAAACGCCCACCUAGCUUAGUUCUAACCGAGAGUUGUAAAACUUUAUCCAAGCUAAAUUGCCAACACGGGUUUGCAUGAUGGAAGUGAUCCUCCUUUAAAAAAUAAAUACAUUUAAAUUUCAUGCUAUAGAACAGGGAUGUCUAACUUCCAAGAGACUGCAAUCUACUCCCACUAUAAAAAAAUUGGAAGUGAUCCACCCAUUGGAUUGGCCAAAGUUGUUGAGCUUUUUUGGGGGGAGGGGUCGGUUGCUCAGGAUCACGUGAUCAGUCAGGAUCUACCAGCGGCACCUGUUGGACAGCCCUGCUAUAGAUGCCAGAAAACAACCACCAGUAAUCUCUCCAAUUAUAAGAACAAACAGCUUGCAUAUAGACAACAGGCAUGUCAGAGAACUCAUCCCCCUGGCAUCAUAAAAUCAUACAGAAAAGAACCUAAAGGACAUCUAGUCUAACCCACACACACACACACACACACACACACACACACACACCGAGUGCAGGUUUUUCAGGGCUGGAUGCUACUACAGUUUGCAUGCAGAAGGUCCUGGGUUCAAUCCCCAGCAUCUUCUGGUAGAGCUGGGAAUGUGUCCUGCCUGAAAUCUUGGACAGUCACUGUCAGUCAAUGUCUGCAAUGCUGAGCUAGAUGAGCAAAUUGUCUGACUUGGCAUAAGGUAGCUUCCCUGACAGAUAACCAUCCAGAUUCUGCUUAAAUAUUUCUAGCAAAGUUGAGCCCAGCUUCUCCUGCAGCAGCUUGUUCCACUGUCGAACAGCUUUUACUGUUACAAAGUUUCGCCUAACAUUUAGCCGAAAUCUGCCUCCCUGUCAUUUUCACCCAUUGUUCCUAGCACUCUGCAGCAACACUUUUCUGUUUGAUGGGAGUUGUGCAUUGUGCUGUGUUUUUUACAUGACUGGGGCACUACAGUCGGACUUGUAGUUCAGCAGAGAGGAUUGCAUCCAAUGUUACUCCUUUGCAGAGCGGGACCCAUUGAAAUAGCUCUUCUCUGAGAACAACUUAGCUGACACUACUGCCUCAGGCCUCUGCUUGCUGCACUCUGCACAUGACUCAGAAACACCCUCUUAUUUUUUAGUUCACACAUGCCAGAGAUCAGAAACAGGCUCUGUGGUGAUGCUUAGCUCAAGAAGAGCAGUUCCCAUAUAUAUUAGAUUGUUUGUUUGUGUGUGUGUGAAAGAAAGAAAGAAAGAAAGAAAGAAAGAAAGAAAGAAAGCAAGAAAGCCAUGUUCCUUAUACAGCCUUUGUGCUUUGCCACUUCCCACCACUCCAGGCCGAUCAUUCUCACUCAUUGCCUUUGCACCUCCUUCUCCUGCAGGUAUUCCAUUGAGCAGAUCUACAAUACGGUGGCAGAUGUGGGCAGCUACAAGUUGUUUGUGCCCUGGUGCACCGGCUCCCGCAUCAUUUCCCAUCGCAACGGGUUCCUGCAGGCUGAACUGGAAGUGGGAUUCCCUCCUGUGGUAGAGCGCUACUCCUCCGACAUAUCCUUGGUGCCUCACCAUCAGAUCCGGGUAAGGAAGCAUUGGAGGAUGGGGCUUAUGCUUUGGGUGUUCCCUUGGAUGACCUUGCUGGCGAGGUUUUGUGCGCUCGUGUUUUGUCACUGGUCACUUUAUAAACCAAGGGAUUGAAUUAUAUCCCCUUGCAGAAGCCACACUCACUCACCUGGAAUGUUUUAUCCCAGGAUCCCAGCCAUUUGUGAGCUGACAGUGCUAACCAGGGAUGGGGGGAGCAUCUAGCCAUCCAGUUCUGCUGAACCACAACUACCAUUCUCCCUGACCAUUAGCAGAAAUCUGAGAAAUGCUUACAAUCUUCAUUUCUUUGGGCUAAGGGCUCAUCUGUGUCAAGUGGGGUUGUUUGAGUUGUCAAGGCUACCUGCGCUGAACUCUGAAAACUGUCAAUCCAAGCAAACACACUGAGUUAUUCUUUCUUAGUAACUUGCGGUCCAGGAUUAUGAUUUCCGGAAUUUGCCGGGUGAGAGCUAUUGUCUUCAAACCAGUUUUAAUCUGGUUUCAGUUUUAUGAUGUAGCAGCUCCUUGACUCACUUCCCCUCUCUGGCACAUGCUUCCUUCACAUGGCGAUAAAUAACACCCAGGGAGAAAUGACGUCAGUGGACACUGGAAACUUCAAAAAGUUAAUUCACCAGAGCAGAGAGUCCUGUUGCUCCCAACACAGGGCCUUUUGGAACUUGCUGGUGUGAGGGCCUGCAAUGUUGAAACUCUAGAUGUGGAGAUUUCUGUUAUCCCCACCUUUGUGACCUGGGAUUGCGAAAGAGUGUUUCAAGGAGAGGCAGACAGACCUAGCUGGGCUUGUGUUCUCAUCAGAGGAGAGAGCCCUAGAGAUGUAUAGUGUUCUUGUAAUUUUAUUUACAGAUAUAUUGGUUGGUUAUAAAGAAAGCAAGGAACAUACACUCCUUAGAGAGCAGCAGAUCCACUGUCUCAAAUCACAUUUCCAGAAAGGGGGAGAGAUGGGCACCCAUUGUGCUGUGCUUUCAUCUCACAAAGCUGCUUUCUCAGCUUCUGGCUAUGUACACACCAUACACUAAAAGCCCAAAGUGCGUGGCUUCCAGGAAAGAAUCAUGGCAACUGCAAUUUGGUUAAGGAUGCUGGGAGUGGUAGCACAGUAGGCAAAUUCCCAGGACUCAUGGUGGUACAGAAUGUGAUUUAAUUGUAUGGUGUAUAUGUGGCCAGAGGUUCAUUACAAACUGCAAAGCUGUGUUGUUUUUAAAAAUGUACACCCACCCACACACCCACUCCCACCAAGCAUGGGCAGUGGCAGGAUGGGAAAAUGUGCCCCUCCAGAGAUUGAUGGACUCCAACUCCCAUCAGCCAUAGCCAGUAUGUUCAAUGAAUGGGGCUGAUGGGAGUUGUGGUCCAACAGCAUCAGGAUGACUAUAGUUUCCACAUUUUUUAUGUUAAGGUGAGAAAUGAGGCUGCCCAUGCUACCUCACUCCAGAAUAUAAUUUAUCUUUCUCUAUCACUACCUGGAACAGUUCCAUCUGCAGAAACACAGUUUCUCAUUUGACCACAUUCUUGUGCUACUGAAUUCUGGACCCAGUAUCAAAUUCUGUGCUCAGGUUGAAUCGUAGUAAACUGCAUAUAACUCUGGUUGUUUGUUAUAAUAUUUCAAAUUAGUGUAAUUUGUUGUUGUUUAGUCGUUUCCGACUCUUCAUGACCCCAUGGACCAGAGCACGCAGUGUAAUUACUGCAUACUAAAGCCAUGGAUAAGGCUCAUGCACUGCACUUCGGGUGUGCUGACCCCUGUGAUUUCCCCAAAUGCGGGAAAUUCAGCCGCAGAGUUUGUCCCAAUUCCUAUCUGUCUAGGGUAAAUGAAAACUUGCAACAGCGGGUUUGUUGAACUCACGGCAGUGCGUUUUGGGGUAUUUGAACUGAUUUCAAAACUGUGAGCACUAACCCUGUGCUGCUUUCUCUACCCUUCAGGUUGUGAGUAAUGAGGGACGGUUGUUUCAGCAUCUGGAAACACUGUGGCAGUUUGAACCAGGACGUCCAGGGCAGCCGGACAGCAGCUGCACGCUCAAGUUUUACGUAAGUGCCCUUUGUAUGCCAGCUCCAGGCGAGGGUGUGACUUGCAAGGCCAAUAGGAUGUGUGCUAAGAGCUGCAUGUUGGCAAAGUCCCGUUUCAUCAUAGGUUCAAAGAUUACGCUGGAGGAUUUAUUGCAGCUUUGUCAAUAUGGGUCAUUAAUUUAUUAGGUACUUCCACAGUUGCCUUUUUUAAAAAAAAGUAUUGAUUGCCUUUCAUAAGCAGAGAUGUGUUAGCUAGGAGUCUUAUUCAACUACUUGUGCAACUUUCAGUAUUUGGGCCUACACAUUCACCCACGUAUCUUCACAGCCACAAGAAGUAGAAACCUGGUUAAAAACAACAACUCCUCCUCUUGAUGUUCUCAUUAAUUUAAAUUCUGCAUGCGGAAAUGCAAAAUACAGCCCUAAAUUUGCAGAAUCAAAUUUCACUCAUUUGCCACAUAAAUUGUCUCCAAUGCCCAAGAGUGAUGCUGCAUUGAGGGAAAUUAAAAUAGCAGACCUAGCUGCCUAUUGGAGCACUAGGCCAAUUUCCCUCCUCCCAAGUAGACCCCAAGGCAGGUAUUGGGCCCUGACAGCUGCCCAAGGUUGCCAGAUGUGGCUGCUCACCUUGGCUUAGGAAUACCGCCAUACCCUGCAAGUGUUCCAGAAAAAAUGGGGCACCCCAUUGUUUCUCGCAAGAGAACGGCAGCCAUUUUGGAUGCCACAAUCUUGCACGAUUUCACUCCACAAUUCCACCCUCAAGCGCUUUUUGUGGGGGGCAUGUUUUGGGGCACUGUCCUCCCAAAAGCACUUUUUUCAGGGGAAAAUAAUGGCGUGAAAUUGUGUGAGAUCAUGGCGUCCAAAAUGGCCUCCAUUCUCUCACAGGAAAAAUUGGGAGUAUGGCAUCCCUAAAGAUUGUGUGCCGGAUUUUGCUAUCAAGGUGUUGGAGGGUAUGUAAUACUCCUCUUCUCCCCUCUCUUAUCCCAAUGUAUCAGUGUAUUAAUUGUUGUUAUCUCCCUCCCAGGUCUCCUUUGAAUUCAAGUCAGUUCUGCAUUCCCAACUGGCUAACCUCUUCUUUGAUGAGGUAGCCAAGCGGAUGGUGUCAGCCUUUGAACAACGGUUGAAGAAACUGUACAGUCCACAGGCUGCAGUCCAACCACACAAGGCAGUUUGCUGCACGUGAUGAAUAGCCUCAUAUGUACUGAAGUAUGGGGCAUCUUUCCUGGUCUACAGAAGAACAUUCCUCUUUACCAUCAUGCCUGGAUCUCUUACUUUUUAAGGACAUUGCUUUGUGUUUUUAAUUUUUAUAUAUAUAUAUUAUAACACUAUACCAUGAUUCUCAUACCUCAGAGCAGUUGUAUACAACAAAGCUGCCAACAUAAAUAUAUAUAGUUUAGCAAUGCAUAUUCAGUGACAAGAUAAUAU